AUUUUACACAUCAAACAGCAGCACAGCAGCUCCUAACCGGUCACACUGUGAGAAAUGGACGUCGUCUUCAGCCAAUUCAGCGACGACUACAAUUGGACCUAUCUGUAUGAUUACGACGAUUAUUAUUACUUUGAAAACUACACCGUCUUUUCAGAGUACGACUUUCACAGGAUAACCACUUCACCGUCGGCCUCAUAUGUGAUUGCGUGGAUCGUGAUCUGGAUAGGUUUUCCACUGACCUUACUGGCCAUCUACGCUCUGUAUUCACUGGUGCGAGAGGACCACGUGGCACCGGUCUACGUCAUCAACCUCCUGUUCUCAGACCUCAUCCAGAUGUGCUGCUUCGUGGUCUGGGUGGCGAGACCCUGGGCGUGGUUUGCUUUCUACGUCUCGAGGUGUGUCUACUUCAUCGGGGUGAUGGCCAGCGUUGGCUUCAUGGUGUGUGUCGCCCUGGAACGGUAUUUGGUGGUGGCCUGCCCGCUGUGGUACCGCUUCAGACGGAGCAUCAAGCUCUCGGUGUGGGUCUCCAUUUCCGUCUGGACCUUAUCUCUCAUGGAGUUCCUCACUGCGCUGCUAACAUCUCACUCCAUCAUUUUCCGCUGCGUCUUCCUCCUCCUCCCGUUUCCUCUGCUCAUCUUCUUCCUGGUUGGGACCCUCAGAGCGCUGUCUGCGGCCAUUUCUCUUCCCGUGAAGGAAAAGCGGCGGAUUGUCGGGACUUUAGUCCUGGUGCUCCUGAACUACACGGUGCUCUUCCUGCCCUGGGUGAUCUGGCUCCUUCAGAAGUUACACGGACAGUUUUUUCAUGACGUCAAUGAUUCAGGUUUCUACCUGUCCUUCCUCCAGUUCAGUCCCCUCGCUGACCUGAUUCUGUAUGUGUUCAUGAGGAAAGGAGCUGUGGACAAACUGCUGGCCCGCCUGUGUUGUGAGAGGAUGACGAGAGAGGAAGACCAGGGCCAGGCCCCCUCCACCGAUCCAAAAGACACAGAAGAAGUGUCCUCGGUGUAGAGGACAGUGGGAAACGGACCGAUGCUGACCCCUCGGUUCCACCAGCAGCGUAUCGAGAGCAUUAAGUCUGCAGCCCUGUUUUUCCCCGUCCUCCGGCGGCUCUAUAUCCCACCGAGAGCAACGAUGGCGUGUUUCAGAAGCGAAG